GAGAGAGAGAGAGAGAGGGAGCUGCAUCUCUGCGUUGCCCUCCUGAAGCCAGUCUGUCUGCAGACAGUCCGCGGGAAGGGAGGUGUGGAAUCACCUUUCGAGCGCAUCUUACGCAGCGCGUCGCCGACGCCGCCCGGAGGAAACGGCGCAUCCCGGGGACCGACACGCGCCGCCUCGGGUCGCCGCAGAGUUCCCGUGAAGUCGCGCGGAGAUGAACUGUGAACGCUCACGCCGCGUCUGCUCUCGCCCCACGCACGCGAGAAGUUGCCGGCCCCUGGGAGGCUUCCCGCGGCUCACGGCGGCCGCUGCGUAACCCGAGCGCCUGGAAGACGGGCUCCGGAGGACUGGAGGGUUGCAUGCAUCAGUGCCAAGAAAUUGCAUUACGUGGGAGACUUCUGCUAAGGAGACACAGACACGUUUGUGGAAGAUGGAGGAGAAAGCCGGGCGCACACAGGAGAACGGCCGCAGCGCCGGCGCCGCCAGAGAACUGCGCUCGUCUUCCUGCGCCAGCCUGAAGAUGUUUCUGGUGGCUUUGUCCUUUGCCUAUUUCGCAAAGGCUCUGUCGGGGAGCUACAUGAAGAGCACAAUAACUCAGCUGGAGAGGCGCUUCGACAUCCCCAGUUACCUAAUAGGUGUCAUUGAUGGGAGCUUUGAGAUUGGUAACCUGCUGGUCAUAGCCUUUGUCAGUUACUUUGGGGCCAAGCUCCAUCGGCCCAAAAUAAUUGGAGUGGGCUGUGUCCUGAUGUCUAUUGGCACCUUCAUCAUCGCUCUGCCUCACUUCAUCACUGGACGCUACGAGUUCAAAACGCAGAUGGGGCAGGUGCUGAACUCGACACUGAACAAUCCUCCUUGUCAGGCGGAUUUACCAGAAAAUCACACUCAGAAUGGCUGUGAGGGCGAGUCCAACCUGUCAAUAUUUUACGUGCUUCUGGGAAACGUCUUGCGCGGCAUUGGAGAGACGCCGGUUCAGCCUCUGGGGAUCUCCUACAUAGACGACUUUGCCACUGAGGAGAACGCGGCGCUCUAUGUGGGCUGUGUGCAGACCAUUUCGGUGGUGGGUCCCGUGUUCGGGUACCUCCUGGGCUCCCUCUGUGCCAAAAUCUACGUGGACAUUGGAUUUGUAAACAUGGAGAGCAUCUCCAUCACCCCAGCAGACGCCCGCUGGGUGGGGGCCUGGUGGCUGGGCUACCUCAUAGCCGGGGUCAUUACCCUCCUGUCUGCCAUUCCGUUCUGGUUCCUGCCCCGCUCACUGCCCGUAUCCGGGCCCCAGAGCCCAGAAAAGUGCACGGCGGAGCAGACGAGGUUCAUUAAGGACUCGCCCAUUCUCAAGCACAAGUACCCAGCAGACGAGCAUACUAGUUUUGUAGAGAUGGCCAAAGAUUUUAUUCCAACCCUGAGAACUCUGCUGGGACACCCUGUGUAUCUGAUCUACCUGUGCGUGACAAUCAUCCAGUUGAAUUCUCUCAUCGGCAUGGUCACCUACAAGCCCAAGUACAUUGAGCAGCACUUCAGGCAGAGCGCAUCAAAGGCCAACUUCCUGAUGGGUGGGAUCAAUAUCCCCGCCGUGGCGCUGGGGAUGUUUUCUGGAGGUCUACUGAUGAAAAGGCUGAAGCUGAACAUCAUGGGAGCAGCCAAGUUCGCCUUCGGCACGUCUCUGGUCGGUUACGUCCUGUCGCUGCUGUUCUUCGCUAUGAGCUGUGAGAACGCCAAGGUAGCGGGCGUGACCAUGUCCUACAGCCGCAUAGACUCAAUCUCUUACGAUAAACACUCACUGUCUGCAGCCUGCAACUCGCACUGCUCUUGCUCAGCGAGCGACUGGGAUCCGGUGUGUGGAGAGAACGGCGUCACUUAUGUUUCCCCCUGUCUCGCUGGCUGCACCAGCUCUGCUGGAUCGGGGAAAAACACACUCUUCUCUAACUGUAGCUGUGUGGGUGAGGUCGGUAACCUGACAGCCAGUACAGGUCAGUGCCCUCAAAAGGACGACUGCGACACCAUGUUCCCGUACUUCCUGGCGCUCUCUGUCAUCACUUCCUUCAUCAUCUCCCUGGGUGGGACACCGGGCUACAUGUUCCUCAUCAGGUGCAUCAAACCCCAGCUAAAAUCUUUGGCUCUGGGUUUUCACGCUUUGGCAACACGAACCCUCGCUGGGAUCCCGGCACCGAUCUACUUUGGAGCGAUCAUUGACACCACAUGUCUAAAAUGGGGUCAGAAGAGGUGUGGAGGUGUAGGAGCCUGUAGAAUCUAUAACACCACUGCCUACAGGAUAGCCUACCUGGGUCUGACCCUGAGCCUGCGCACCGUCUCGUUCAUCGUCUGCAUCCCGGGCUUCAUUCUGCUCAGCCGCCAGCUGAAGGAGGAGGAAAGGACCGCCAUCCACGGGUCCCUGGCCAACGGCGGAGCCGAGCUGGAGGCGCUCCGGAAGGAGGAGUUCGCCGUCUCCAACACGUCGGACAACAGCACACGGGCCCAGCUGGACUCGCCCACUUAGUCCUCUAACACCCACAUACACACAUGAGCGCAUACACCCACAGUCCGGACAUGUGCACGCACACACGAUUGAGAUUUGCAGGGAAUCACACACUGUAUUCAAUCAUCUCACGUAACGCAUCGAUUCUAUAUUUGUACUACUGGACGGGUCAAGGCUUUCAAAUUUGACAGCAAUUUGAUAUGAUUGAAAUGUUUCUUGAAUGUACAUGUUAUUAUACACACGCUUAGAUAGGAAUAGUGACUGUGUACAGACUAGUGCAAAAACAGGUUAAUUCUCAACACCAGCACAUUGUGAAAGCUGCCUCUUCGCGUUCGUAUUCUUGACGCCAGUGGUUCUGAACAAAAGAAAAGUGGCCUUAAAAUCAGAGGCACAGCAGCAAAUUGAACUGUGAGGAUAAUGGAGCCUAUAAGGAAACAGGGUAGUUCUCAGAAUUUUAAAAACUAAAGACAAGCGGGUUGUGUAUGUUUGACCAUGUAUCUGUGGGUGUUUUACAAGGUUUGGUGGAUGUGGACUUGACGUCUGAGCCUCAUUCACGCAACGGUUACCUCUAGAACGUGUGUGUUCCAUCGUCUCGCUGCUAAAGCUCUAGUUCGUCACAUUUUGAGCAUCCAAUUGCAUUUUACUCCUAUUUUUCAAACUUAACUUCUUUGCACUUCAUUUUAAGUAUAAUUUCUGACUGACUGAAUUUUUAUUUAAGCCCUAAUUUAGCGCCGAGUGUUUCGCAGUUUGUAAUGUGAGCUUUCUGGAUGUGACGUUGUUCCUUUCGUACACACUCGUUUAAAUGGAAGUCGUCUUUUAGUGAGAGCUGUUUGUCUAGUGAACGUUGAUCUGAUUUAUUAGCGAUGAUGUAGGAGAGGACGCUGUCCCAUGUUUAACACUGAACAGAUAUGUGCCAUGAAGAGGCAAAGCCAACACAUAAAUGAUCAUAUAUGUUGUCCCAGCUUUUCUAGAAAGCGACGCUGCUGUAUGUGAAGUGUCGCCACAGGAAGUAUGCAUUUCGGCUGCCGAUGUGCAAAACCUACGUUUCACGGGUCGUUCUGAUUUUGUAUGUGUGUAUUUUUGUGCGAGUGCGCGCCACAAACACACAUCAUGGUCUGUUCUCAGGUUUUUACAAUCAACUUAUUCUCAAACAGCUUUGUCCUACAACCACAAAUAGUUUCUGUGAACUGAUAGCGUUGGCUGUUCCAGUCAAAUCAAUCGACUAGGUGGUGUCGAUGUAAAAAAUAAUACUUUUCUUUUUGUAAAUGUAUAUCAUAUUAUCAUUUUGUAAGACUUCACUUCCAAACUGGAUAUGUACCAUUUUGGCAAAUUAAAGUAUGUGGUGACUCUGCUGUCUUUUGAAUUCAGGGCAAGUUUCAGGCACAGGUGGCCACAAGUACAGAUUCAGACAGGUAUAAAGGAAGGAAGUCAUUAGCUCAAUAAAGUAAGGCAUAUACUUGCAUUGAAAAAAAAUCUGAAUGUAAAUAAUUUUCUUGGAUUAUUUUUGUAAAAUUUCAAAGAAUAUCUUACAUGUAAUACUAAAAUAAAAUCUUUAAAAUCCAA